AUGGCAAUGUUCAAGCAAGCACUUAAGGAUUACUUUGUAUAUGAGGGAAAAGAGCUUAUGUAUUUGAAGAAUGAGCCAAAGAGGAUUAGAGCAAGGUGUGCUGAGGAAGGUUGUCCAUGGCUGGUGUUUUGCUCUCAUAAUAGUCAGAGUCUCAGUUUUCAAAUCAAGACAUUCAUUGGAGAGCAUAACUGUGGUAGGAAUUUGAGCAGCAACAUGGCUGAUAGAUCUUGGGUGACAAGUAAGCUGGUAAAAAGGUUGGUAACUCAACCUCUGAUGACUCCGAAAGAGGCACUAGAGCACAUGAAGCAGGACUAUAAUGUCCAUAUAAAUUAUAGGAUGAUAUACAGAGCCUUGAAAGCUGCUAGAGAGCAAGUAAUUGGAAAGGAGCGAGAACAAUAUGGAAAGCUGCAUGACUACUUAAAUGAAAUUCACAGAAGCAAUCCUGGAUCCACUGGUAUGGUUGAUGUCAUUCCUCAACCGGAGGGUCGUCCACUCUUCAAUAGGUUGUACAUUUCACUGGAUGCUUGUAAGAAAGGAUUCAAGGCGGGCUGUCGCCCUCUGAUUAGAUUGGAUGGAUGCUUCUUAAAAGGGUACUUCGGAGGUCAUCUGUUGUCAGCUGUGGGGCAGGAUGCUAAUAAUAGUUUCUUUGUUAUAGCUUUUUCUGUAGUUGAAGCUGAGAACACUGAUUCCUGGAAAUUGUUUCUUUCAAUCCUGCAUGAUGAUCUUGGUUCUGUGGGAGCCAAUGGGUGGAACUUCAUGUCUGACCAGCAGAAGGGUUUGGCUAAGGCAUUGCAUGAGGUAAUGCCACAAGCCCAUCAUAGGAAUUGUGUCUUACAUAUAUGGAAAAAUUUCAUCAAGCACUUUAAGAACAAGCACACAAAAGGGCUGGUUUGGAAGGCUGCUAAGAGCACAACAAUGAGGGAAUUCAAAGACUCAAUGGAACUUGUGAAGAAGGUGAACACAGCUGCUUGGGAGUAUCUACGGAAGUUUGAUCCUGGUUCAUGGACGAAGGCUUACUUUAGCCAUGGCCCGAAGUGUGACAACAUCACCAAUAACAUGUGCGAAGUUUGGAAUGCCAAGAUCGUGGAGUAUAGAGAGAAACCAAUUUUAACUAUGUGCGAGGAGCUUCGAAGUUACAUAAUGCGAAAGAUGGCAGGGCACAAGCACAGAAUAAGCAAAUGCAAGGGUAAAUUGGCUCCAGUUCAACAACUAAGGCUGGAUGAGUACAUCAUUCCUGAGAGCAAUAAGUGGACAGUAGAGUGGGCUGGGGAUGAGGCAAGGGUAUUGUUUGAAGUUCAGAGGUACCAGACCAGAGUGGCUGUCAAUUUACAAAGACAUACAUGUGCUUGCAACGUUUGGCAACUAACAGGGUUACCUUGCAAGCAUGCAGUAGCUGCUAUCUCAAGGUUAAGGAAACAAGGGCUGAAACCAAAGGAUUUUGCACAUAAAUGGCUUACAAUGGAAGCUGUUCGGGCUACUUAUGGGGACUCCAUUAAACCAAUGAAUUCUGAGGAGUUUUGGGAAGAAACAAACAGGCUGCGUCCAAAGGCACCAAUCAUUAGGAGACCCCCAGGGAGACCAACCAAAAAAAGGGCUGUUGAUGUGGUGGCUGAGUCACAAAUGCAGCAGCAAGGUCACAAGGUGAGGAAGUCUUUCCAAGUCACGUGCAGUAAAUGUGGGCAAAAGAGACACGACCACAUGACUUGCAAAGGAGCUCCUGCAAAUCCGAAUUGGCAGCCAAAACGAAAGAAGGCCGGGGAAGGAGUUAGAAGCAAUGUUCCCCAAAAUGUUACUGCCCCAUCUAUUGAUCCAGUGGGUAAAGCAAAAAGGCAAAAGAAAAAAGCCCCUAAGACCUCUAACACUCACUCAGUCCAACAAGAGACAAGGGUUGACACUCAAUCUUCACACCCUGCCCAACCACCAGUAGACGGUGUGGACUCCAAUAUUGAGCCCUCAAACCCUGCUACCCCAACUGCACUCCCCCAGGUGCCAAAUUUCAGGCCCAAGCAAGCUAUAACUAGACCUCCAGUACCUACAGUGCACCACUCUCAACAGCAGGCCACAGCCCCAAUAGUUCAGCCACCUCUACAGCAAGCAACAACCCCAAACUCACAACCAUCAACUCAGCAACAACUUCCACUUGAAGGAGUGAGUUAUCUUGGGUUCAGUCUUUACAUUAUAACAAAGAAAAAUUCACAUUCAUUUCAUUUAGAAUCUACAAUUACAAAGCAAAUUAACACAAAUCUCAACAGAUAUCCAUGCAUCACUUAA